GGUCUUCUCCCCAAAACAAAGGAACGGAAGAAAUUAGUAAACGAAAAUCGGAAAAUCGGAAAAUCAGAGUUAUGGCUAAGUUCAACAACCAUAGAAAAAAAUAAGAACUAGGCUUGUAAAAUGGAAAGGGGAGGAGGGAAUGCCUGCCUCACAUGGCAGAGGUCAGGCAUAAGGCUUAGGCUUAGCCUAAGUUUUUUGUGAAUGGAGUGUGAAAUCUGAUUUAUCUGAAGUUGUUUUCCAUCAAACCAGAGAAACUUGGGGGAGCUAAUUGGUGAAAGUUUAAGAUCUAUGAUAUGGAAGGAGAUCAGCACAUGGACCCUAUCCAGCAAUAUCCUGUUUCACAAGGCCAUGUUAUAUCUCAGCCUGCUAAUUUACCUAAACCACGGGCUGAGCCAUCAUUAAAUGAUCAGCGGUUUUUGUUAAUCUUUAUCAUGGGUACUUACUUUGGUCCAGAUCUGAAAAAUGAAGUGCCCAAAAAAUCAGCCAUGCAAAGAUUAGCAAACUCUCUUCUUCCAUAUACUCCUGAUCAAUUGGAAGCUUCAUUCAUGAAACUUUCAGAAGUCGAGAACAUAUAUUAUUAUAUUCUUAGAAAUGCAAACCCAAGUUGUGCAGUGAAGCUUCUGUCCCUCUAUAAGUUUUUUCAAGGUCAUCUUCCUCCACCUCUAAAGGAGGUUAUUGAGGACGAUCGACAAUUUACAAGUUUCUUUCCUCAGCACUUGCAUAAGCAGAUCAGACAUAAGGGAAGAUACAAAGUUUUUGAGGGCAUAGUUUUAAUAGAUGACCCAGAUGUUUCAUACAUAAAAACAGAAGAUUUAGAAAGGUUCAAGUGGUUGACUGGUCUGAACGAUUUGAAGAUAGAUAGAGAGGAGGCACGAAAUUAUCGUCAUCCUUAUGGGCCAAGGACAGACAGAGGUGAAGGCAUGCAACUUCGAGUCAAUGUUAAUGCUGGGCAAUAUGCCUAUAUGCAAGAUGGCAAGCCACUGGCUGUUGUUAUGCCAGAUGGUGUGCAGAACCAUAAGACAAGGACAAGAAGAAAGAAGGAGCCAAUGGCGAAACCAAAUAUGCCAAGAUCAGCUAUGCGGCCAAAGGAACAGAAGCCACCAAUGAAAUAUCCAGACACUAUGGGAAAAACCGUAUUGAUGGUUUCUUCAGCCCCUAGUAUAGAUCAGUGGAAUAACUCUGGAAAUGAUGCUAAGCCUUCAAUUCUUUUUACAGGAACAGCAACAGCUCGUCAAGCUGGCCCAUCAGUUGGUCUUGUUGAUAUCGGUACUUGUGAGGAUGCUUACUUGUUCCGCAUGGCUCUUCCAGGUGUCAAAAAAGAUCAACGUGAAUUUAGUUGUGAGGUUGAAUCUGAUGGGACGGUGGUCAUUAGAGGCAUCAUCACAACAGGAGAACAGAAGGUUAUCAAAAAGUCCCGUACAUUUCACAUGAAAACUCAAUCAUUGUGCCCUCCUGGCCCUUUCACAGUUUGUUUCCAGUUACCAGGCCCCGUAGAGCCCAGACAAUUUACAGGCAAUUUUGGUUCUGAUGGUAUUCUAGAUGGGAUUGUGAUGAAACAGAUGGAUAAAAUAGGCUCUGCUUGUUUGGUCUUUGAAUCUUGAAUAUCAUUUACGGAGGAGUCUCUUAUAACAGCUUGUGAUCGAUCAACAUGAAAUGCAUGAGAGCCGCGUUGUGGAAAAAUUGAUUCAUGCUUCAGUUUCCCCUUCUUAUUACCAUAUCUAACAGUGGAUCUGGAAAUUUAAUAUGGAUCACUUGAAGCCUUAUACAUAGUCAACUACACAGACUCACAUGAUGUUUUCAUUUAUAUUGCAGCUAUCUAAUAAAAAGCAAUGUGUCAUUGUGUAGCCCUUGCCAUAGAAUGAGCCGUACUUUUGCCAUCUAAUGGUUCCAACUGGCAGGAUAAGCUGAAAUCUUUGGAAGUUUGACAUUUCAUAAGUCCACUUUUGGUCGGUCACAGGUCAUUAAAAAAUCAUGAUAAUGCUCAUUGGUAUUGAAUUCCCUGCCCUGAUUUUACAGAAUUGAAUUAUAUACCAAACCCUGUAAGCGUUCUGAAAUUCUAGUUGCUUUUGUACUUGUAUGUUCUGUGCUUUCCAAAUUUUAAAGCUCAAUAUUUGCCUUCUGGACUGAAA